CGAAUACACAAUCUUCCACACACGCUGCCUCUCGGUCUGUAUUGGAAGACAGCGCAGCACAUGCAGUAAUUCCCACCACUUAAUUGAUUAACUGCUUAUUUGAAGUGGCUAAUUAGAUGGGGAGUGUGUCGAGUGUGUGAGGAGGGCUGGGGAGUCGCUAGCGUGCGUGUGUGAGUGUCUGUCUGAGGAGCUCCGGUACCUCACUUCACUCUGGAGCAGGAGGAGGAGAGAAGAAGAAAAGAGAUAGAGAGGCAGCUGGGUGGGGAGAUUUUUACAGCACUCUCCCUCAUCUGACAUGGCCUCCGCGUAGGAAUCUGGUGCCACUGCAACAGAGGAGCUAGGCAGCAGCGAGGUGUCUAAGGUGUGAGGAGAGAGAGAACGAGAGAAUGAUGGCAGCGGAGGAGGAGAAGCCAGGUUUGAAGAGCAGCAGCUCCAUCGUUCCCUGCUUCUUGUUUGUUGAGCUGGUGAUCAUGGCAGGGACGGUUCUCCUGGCGUACUACUUUGAGUACACAGACACGUUCCCCGUGCACAUCCAGGGCUUCUUCUGCUACGACAAGAUGUUCUCCAAGCCCUACCCCGGCCCGGAUGAAACCAGCAAGAUACCCCCACUGCUGGUCUACUCACUGGUUACAGGCAUCCCCUGCUUCACGAUCCUGGUAGGGGAGCUGGUGGCGUUCUUUCUGAAGGCUGAGGGGACGCAAGAGAAGACCAUAGUGACAGCAGACUGCUGCUACUUCAACCCCCUGCUGCGACGCAUCGUCCGCUUCCUAGGGGUGUUCUCCUUCGGCCUGUUCACCACCACCAUCUUUGCCAACGCGGGUCAGGCGGUUACAGGAAACCAGACGCCUCACUUCCUGUCUGCCUGCCGGCCUAACUACACGGCCCUGGGGUGCACAUCCAACAUGCAGUACAUCACCCAGCCCCGUGCCUGCACUGGAAACCCCCUGGUAGUGGCAUCCGCACGCAAAUCCUUCCCCUCCAAGGACGCAGCCCUCAGUGUCUACUCUGCAGUCUACACUGUGAUGUAUGUGACGCUGGUAUUUCGGACCAAAGGCACUCGGCUGACCAAGCCUACGGUCAGCCUGACCCUGCUAUGCCUGGCCAUGCUGGUGGGAGUGGUCAAGGUGGCAGAGUACCGCAACCACUGGGCCGACGUCCUGGCCGGCUUCUUCACUGGAGGAGCCAUCGCUGUGUUUCUGGUGACGUGUGUGAUCAACAACUUCCAGCAGACGAGGCCCCCUCCCCCUCCCCCGCGGCCACAGCGCCCUGAGUCGGUGCUAGGCAUGCCCAUGGUGGCUCUGCCAUGUGUGGAGAGUCCUCUCGAAAAGUUAAGUGGAACUCAGCAUCCUGCACUCUCCUCCUCCUGCCCUCCCUACCAUCCCUACGUUCACCAGCCAUUCUGACCAACCUUUGAUCUGUUUCUCUUGCUCCUCACUCGUUUUUCUUUUUUUCAUCACUCUUUCCGCCCCAUCUUUCUCUCUCUGUCUCUUCUUCCUCCCUCUCUUCUCUCCUGUCCCUCCCUUUCUCUUUUUCACUCCUCUCUCUCCCCUGCAGACUCCGAGGGGGUCUCCUUUCACAGAGAUCACAUGACCAUCAGCCGUAUCGGUUCCCCGCCACCCCAGAUGUCCUCAUUCCGUCUCGCUCCAUUUCCAGCGAAGUCUAGACCAGCCACACGAACAUGAACACUCACACGAACACCACUGCGCCGCCCACCCGGCAGGCCGCUACUCCACCCUCUACAGAUCCUACUCCACGCAGGUCUAAACUUUCAAAACACACGCACACAAACACAACACACACAGCAUACUCAGACCUCUACAAACCUCCCCCUAACCUUGUCCAAGCCCAAACCCCUGGGGGAACUGAGAGCUCUCAAAGUGAGACUCACAAAGACUUAACAGCUGUCCAGCUGAACAUUCAGUACAGUGUCAGGUACAGGUAUGCCUCUUUCAUUUUGUUGUUUUCAGAGGCUUCUUUUUUAUUUGCAGACUUUUUAAAAUUUGCUUCAUUGUGUGAAGUACACAUCUCACUGAUAUCACAAGAUGAUGUUUCAUCUUCUACGUGCUUGUAAGGAGAAACUGUCAAUCCAUUUGACAACUGGGUUCCUUUGUGUUUUCAACUGUCUGCAAUGCAGCCAGUCAUCCUGAAACACUUCAGUUCAUUUGUGUCUCUGUACACAUUUAAGAUGAACCCAAACAACCGCUGAAUGAGCGCUCUCUGCUGGCUUUAGAGAUCAUUUUCAGUAUCCUAGAAUGCGCCAGUCAUCAAAUAUCUGCACGAGUCAACAAACUCAAGUGAACAAAUGUUUACGGACCAAUUACUUUCUGUAGCAACUGUGGUACUUCAUUACUGUACCUUCCAAAUACAGCAUAGAGACAACACACACAGAUCAAGAUCCUGGUAGGUCUACACGCACCGCAUUAGCUCUCUGGCAGACCUCUCUUCAGCUCUGCAUGACAUUACCCAGAUCAAAGGAUACUGUUCAUAUCACUGAGAAGAAGACAAUACAAGAACAAACAGGAUGAAACUGCAGACGGUUUAUUUUUCUCCGCUUUCGAUUGGUUGCUUCUGCAGCAAGUCAGCAUGAAAUAUAUAUAUAUAUAUACAGAUUUGGUAAGACUGGAUGAGACACAUUUUGAAAUACAUCACAAGUGACAGGACAUGAGCUUUGUACAGUACCAAACAUUUUCUUUUACACUCAAUGUAUCUGGACAGGGAACCUUGGUUACCAAAGCUUUGUCAUUGUGAUGUCACUAAAAUACUUGUUUACUUACACAUCCCUUUUGCCUGGAAUGGAACGGAUCACAUCGGAAUGGAAUGGAUCACAUCGGGUUCGAACGGAUCACAUCGGAAUGGAACGGAUCACAUCGGAAUGGAAUGGAUCACAUCGGAUUCGAACGGAUCACAUCGGAAUGGAACGGAUCACAUCGGAAUGGAACGGAUCACAUCGGAAUGGAACGGAUCACAUCGGAAUGGAACGGAUCACAUCGGAAUGGAAUGGAUCACAUCGGAAUGGAACGGAACACAUCGGCAUGGAACGGAUCACAUCGGCAUGGAACGGAACGCCACACUGGAAAAUCAAGAUUCCCUGUCUCUGGGCCGUAGAGAGAUAUUAUUGGACUUUGCCUAUUCAUGUGAUAAUGUGAUUUAUUUAUGAGGAGAUUGAUCGUAGAUGUAUUUAUUUGAUGUGUAUAUAUGGUGUGGUUGCCACAAACAGUUUAAUUUUGAUUUGCACAGCCCUCACUCAUAUCCAGUGGUGUAAAGUACUUAAGUAAAAAUACUUUAAAGUACUACUUAAGUAGUUUUUUGGGGUAUCUGUACUCUACUGUUUAUAUUUUUGCCAACUUUUACAUGUACUUGACUACAUUCCUGAAGAAAAUUAUGUACUUUUUACUCCAUACAUUUUCCCUAACAGCCCAAAAAAUGUUUAUGCUUAGCAGAACAGAAAAAUGGUCCAAAUCAUGCACUAUUCAAGAGAACAUCCCUGGUCAUCCCUACUGCCUCUGAUCUGGAGGAGUCACGAAACACAAAUACUUUGUUUGUAUGUGAUUGUUGUAGUGUGGCCCUGGCUAUCCGUAAAUUAAAAAGAUUUGCUUAAUAUAAGGAAUUUGAAACGAUUUCUACUUUUACGUCUAACUAAGUAUAUUUUAGCAAUUGCAUUUACUUUUGAUACUUAAGUAUAUUUAAAACCAAAUACUUUUAGACUUUUACUCAUGUAGUAUUUUACUGGGUGACUUUCACUUGAGUCAUUUUCUAUUAAGGUAUCUUUACUUUUACUCAAGUAUGAUAAUUGGGUACUUUUUCCACCACUGCUCAUAUCUCACCCUCCACUUUCCACUCCCUCCCACUGGCGUAUGGUUUUCUUCCACUGUUUGGUUUUCUUCUUUGUGUUGUAUCCUGACUAUACUGUCACUGUGCUGUGGAAUGUUUCCCUCUGCUGGACAACACACACACACACACACACACACACACACACACACACACACACACACACACACGAAAACGCUCAUAAGAAAACAUAUAUUUCAUAUUGACAAACUUACCAAAAUACACACACUUUUGGACGAACAUACACAUGCUCACCCAACGAAACAAACAAACACACACACUCACUUACCUCUCCUAAUCUCUAGCCUAUACCUCCCCUCUUUUCCACUUUCUUACACUUAAACCUGUUAGUAUGGUUUUGUAAAUAGUUAUUUUUUGUAAUGAGAACGUGAUUUUUACACAGACACCCCACUGCUCUCCUUACAUUAAGUGGUUAUGGAGAAAUGGGAACAUGAAUCGUAUCAACUGUAUUACUAAAGACAAGAGUGUAUGUAAAGGUCCUGGUCCACUCUAAAUCAGGUCUGGAUUGGACCUCUCCUCGUUCCAAACUGGCAGCCAUUCUGCAUCAAACCAGGUACCCUCCCGGUCCAAGGUUGGAGUCAACCGAAGAUGGCCCGUGGUUUUAUGCUAACAAUAGAAUCCCCUCAUGGUUUAGUUUCUCUUGUAAUAGUUCACCUGCCAGUCCAUAUUGGGCCAGUAACCGAAAGGUUGCUGGAUCGAAUCCCCAAAUUGACAAGGUAAAAAUCUGUUGUUCUGCCCCUAAGCAAGACAGUUAAUCAAUGUCAUUGGCUCCCAGGGAACAGUGGGUUAAGGCAGCCCCCCAUGCCUCUCUGAUUCAGAGGGGUAGGAUUGAAUGCAUUCAGUUGUACAGCUGACUAGGUAUCCUCCUUUCCCUAUACACCGAAGUCAGUGAAUUAGGACAAAGUGCACGGUAUACAACUAUCACAAUUUUGAGGGGGUCUGUUGCUUUUACAUUUAAGUCAUUUAGCAGACGCUUUUAUCCAGAGCGACUUACAGAAGCAAUUGUGGUUAAGUGCCUUGGUCUAGGGCACCUUGUCAUCUCGGGGAUUCGAACCAGCGACCUUUCAGUUACUGGCCCAGAGCUCUUAACUGCUAGGCCAAAACUGACAGCAGCUACAAAAUACUACACAGAUGGCUUGACUAUGUUUGGGCCAGAAUGUGUGUUCCUUGGUGCACAUACAAUACAUCUGCAGUUUGAUUUAGUUCUAUUUUUAAAAAAUAAGACGAUAAAUAAUGCAGUAACAAAAGAAAAGUGUUCUAAGUUUUAACACUUCAUUUCAUCUUGUUACAACGUACCCUCUGUUUUGUAAAGAUUUGUCGGAUGAGAACAAUAAAUGAAUAUUGCAAUAAAAAGGA